CCUAUACACACAGGCGCAGGGACGCCUCAGGCAGGCACCCUGGUGCCGGGACGGCUGCCGGCGGCUUCCCCCGUUGCGGCCGCCUGCCCGCGCGCGCCCGAGCCGCCGAGCGGCUCAAAAGCGCGCAAGAGGAGCUCCGGCUCCACCGGGGCAGUCUCGCACCGGCCCGCUCCUUCGCGGCGUAGUACGCUGUGCGGGAUGGCCGCCGGGGCGCCCGAGAUUCCGCACGAGGUGUUCUGCUCCAUCUGCAAGGAGAGAUCAUGAGCGAGGACCCCGUCGUGGCCAGGGACGGCUUCACCUAUCAUCGCGCCUGCAUCACGCGCUGGUUCGCGAGAGGUAAGUGCACCAGCCCGAGGACCAACGAGACCCUUGAGAGCACGAUACUGACUCCAAACAUCGAUAUGCGGAAUUUGAUUCAGGCAAUGCCCCAAUGGAUGCCAGAGGGGCAGCACUCUGUUCAUUACGACAGAGGUUCCACCGUCACAGGUGCAGAGGAUCUGGGAGGUUCGCAAGGAGCUGCGCAAACGGGGCCAGAGCAAGAGACGUAUUCUCAACAAGCGCAGUCCUCUCUAUGGGCCGUGUGCAGCUAUGCCGUCAAAGUUGUGGAGGGUCCCGAAGAUUUGCGGGGAUACACAUUCACGCUCGCAGAAGUUGAUUCGGACGCGACCGCCGCGGUAGUGCAAUCAUUGGUCGCCGAGCAUUUGGAGACGUACGUCUCGCGGGCAAUGCACGUAUCGCGCCUCCGUCUACAGUGUGGAAAUGCCGACGUCAAUGUCUUGUCAGUUAUUCCCAGCCGCUCUGAGAUCCAAGUGACGAUUGUAGAGCACGACUGGCAGGAUAUAGUGAACUCGCUACCAGACACGAAGAAGCAGUUUUUCUCAAAUCUGGCCCAGGAGCCGCACCCGGAAGACCCAGCCCUGCUCUACUGUGACACGGCGGAGUUCAGCGAGAUGCUCCGCCUGCAGGCAACGCUGCUCGCUGGAUGCCCUACCAGGGGCGCGCAGAGCGCGGACGAGUGGAAAGAGUGGGCCGAGUUCGUGUCCGUUUUGCAGGAGGCGCGUUCGCAGGUGGGGGCGACGCCCAGCUCGAUGCUCCGCGUCCUGCAGGAGCAGUUCUGCUGAGCGCGCGACAGCGGAUACCGGUGAUGUGCGCCUCAUGGUGUGGCUCCCCGUAGGUACUCGUCUGGAGCAGCCGGCUGCUUGUGGUCGAGUUGCUGGGCGGUGAGUGCGAGUGGAGUCUAUCUCCCUCGUUCUGCAUCUCCCUCCCCUCCUCUCUCUCUCUCUCUCUAUUUAUCUCUUUCUCUCUCUAUACAUUUUCUGUUUUCAAUCUCUCGCACAGACAUGAGAGACUUGUAUAACAUCCUUUCUCCCGUCAUACUGAAAGCGCGCAGACAGGCAAUCCCACGUGUAUGUGGCAGGGCUGGUAACGCAGGUGCUCGAGAAAUCGGCCGUCAGCGUAGUGCCAGUAGUCCAGAUGUGUGGCAGCGGCGUUCCUUGAAAAGUAUGGGUCGCGUAGACCGAGAGAAACAUAC